UAUUAAUGUUAGUUCUUCUUUCUUGAAUAAUAACUCUGCAUUUUAUUUCUUCCGUAUCAGUGUCAAACGACUAAAUAAAAAUGCAAGCUGAAUUUUUAUUUGUUCUCUUCGUUGGGGUCCUAGCAAACACUUUGAUAGGUACCGAUGCUCAGAGCUCAUCACAAUGUGGCUGCACUCAAAAUGAAAAUUAUAGAUGUCAAUACUUAUCUGGAAAUGAAAAAAACAGACUUCUUGAUUCAUUCUUUUUUACGACUGGAACCCGACAAGUAGACUUUGGUACCGUCUGGCUAUUGGCACUAUUCGAGAAGUACCCAGAGUACAAAGAACAAUUCGCAAGAUUUAAGGACAUACCAAACUAUUGUCUACUGAAUAAUAAAGAAUUCAGACAAGUAUCAUCUAGUUACACUGCUGCAUUCAACGAUCUUGUUCGUUCUGUUGUUUUGGAAGAUAUCAGCAAUGUAGAACUUUGGAGACGUUGGCCAUGCCCCCUUGCACCAUCAGGUUACAGUCAAAAGGAUAAGAACGUUGUCCAAGAUGUUUUCAUCGCAGCUGUCAGUUGCAACCAGGACAACUUCGAUCAAGUUGAUGCCAAUACCUGGAACAAAGCCUGGAGCAUUAUUUGGCGUAAUUACGUAUCAGGCGCUCGUGAAUCACGAACCCUGUCACAAUAAAACUGCGAAUAAUUUAAUCAUUUUCUGGAAAAAAAUUACGUCAGCCGUACAUUUAAUAUUUAUAUUUUAUUUAAAAUCCAUCUACAGUAAUUAAUAUAUAUCAAUUACUUGAAUGUACACAGCUGGCUAGAAUAUAAUUUAAGAGUACAGAAAAUAAAAAUUCCAUCCACAAUAAUUAAAAAAAUUAUUUAUUUAUCAUUUACUUCAACUCUUAACAAUCAUACCAAAAUGACCGCACUAGACAAAAUAAUAUUUUGCUCAGGCACUAAAAAAU